UUUGAGAUUACUGAGUGUGUGUGUGUGUGAUAUUGUGAAAGUAAGCAGAGAUGGAUGAGAAGCUGUACCAAUCUCUGGCACGGCCCCACCCCGGCCUGGAGCUCAGUUACUCCAGCUCAUCUGAAGAAGAGGAUGGUACCAGCCUUCAUCACAAACACUAUAGGGAAUCACACACCCGCACCGAUUAUGAGCCUGACCGCAGAUUCACCUACAACAGCCACAAAGUCCGCAGGAAACCCUUGGAGCAGCCCCAGAAAGAUUUCUCGGACCCCUCCCAGACCGGGUUCCCUGAUUUCCAGACCGAGCUUCAUGCGGCCAAUCAGGAGCUCGCUUAUCCUGGAGGCGUGUCUGCCGGUGUCUCUUCCGAUCCCGAAUCCGAGGGCGGCGCCUCCCCUGACCACGCCCUACGGUUGUGGAUGCAGGAAGUGAAGUCAGAGCACAGUUCCUGUCUGUCAAGCCGAGCAAACUCUGUCCUGUCUCUCACCGAUACGGAACAAGAGCGCAAGUCUGAGCCAGAGAACGAUUUGCCUUCCAGCCCCGUGGCUCAGUUCAGCUUUCGUCCGCUGCCCCCUCCUCCUCCACCGCCCCACGCGUGCACCUGCGCUCGUCCAGCACCGGCUCCCCUUCCAGAGGUGGUGCAGAGGAGCACGCUUCCCGCCCGAUGCCAACCGCUGGAUUCCGGGAACAAAGCUGGACAGGAUGACAACGGGCAGACGCACAAUACCUGGGCACUGAACAGCAACAUACCACUAGAGACCAGGCACUUCCUGUUCAAGCAUAGUUCAGGUUCGUCUACCAUUUUCAACGCGGCCAAUCAGAAUUACCCUCUGACGUCCAGCACGGUGUAUUCGCCGCCUCCGAGGCCUCUACCCAGAACCACCCUCUCCAGACCGCUCUUUUACAGAAAAACAUUAGGAGAGGGAUUCAGCUCUUCUGAUGGUGUCCGAUGGAGAAGAUCAUCCCACCAUCAAGUCGUUCAUCUGCUGGGGUUGCCGUGGCAUCUGAAGCGAGUGGAAGGAGAGCUUUAUGAGAAUGGUAUGAGUAAAGAUGAUCUGCCUCUACCGGGAGCCGAUUUCACCUUCACUCCCGUCCACCUGCCAGGACUCAACACUACACAGCCAGAUAAAGAGGUGAUUCAGCGAGGCAGGGUGAUAGAGAGGGGAGAGCUGGCUGUCGGGACACAGCUGGUCCAGGUGAUUCCUCCUGGACUCUUCUGGAGGUUUCACAUUACGGUUCACCACCCCGAAUAUGUGAAGUUCAACAUCUCACUCACACGGGAUGCUCUGCUGGGCAUCUAUGGCAGGAGGAAUAUACCACCUACUCACACGCAGUUUGACUUUGUGAAGUUGCUGGACGGGAGACAGCUGAUUAAGCAGGAUUCCCGGAAUGUCAAAAUUCCGAACCCUCCUCUGCGAAGUCUGCUGGUGUCUGCUCUGCAGGAGACGGGCUUUGUGGAAUACCUUGAUGUGGGAACCUGGUACCUGGCCUUCUAUAAUGACGGUCAAAAGAUGGAACAGGUGGUGGUGUACAGCACACCCAUAGAAACUAUAGAUGGUUGCUCCACUAACUGUAACGGUAACGGAGAGUGUGUCGCCGGACACUGCCACUGUUUUACUGGCUUCCUGGGGCCAGAUUGUUCAAAAGACUCUUGCCCAGUGCUGUGUAGUGGUAACGGCGAUUACGAGAAAGGUGUGUGUGUGUGUCAUGCUGGAUGGAAGGGGGCGGAGUGUGAGGUGGAGGAAGGCCAGUGUAUCGAUCCCACCUGUUCCAACAAUGGAGAAUGUGUCAAUGGAAUCUGUGUGUGCGCUCCUGCUUUCAAGGGCGAUAACUGUGAGCAAGUGGAUUGUGUGGACCCCUUGUGCUCAGGUCGCGGUGUGUGUGUGCGCGGUGAGUGUGUGUGCUCGGCAGGCUGGGGAGGUGAGAGCUGUGAGACGGUACUUCCUGCCUGUAAAGAACAAUGUUCAGGUCAUGGAACGUACCAAGCCCAGACAGGGGGGUGUGUGUGUGAACAGGGAUGGAGCGGUGACGACUGCUCCAUGGAGGUUUGCCCCGUUCCCUGCAGCGCCCAUAGUGUGUGUGUUGCUGGACGUUGCCAGUGUGAGGAGGGGUGGGAGGGGACCACCUGUGACAAACAGGCGUGCCAUCCAAUCUGUGAAGAGCAUGGAGAGUGUAGAGAUGGACAGUGUGUCUGUCAGCCCGGUUGGGAGGGAGAGCACUGCACUAUUGCAGCACAAUACCUGGAUCUGUUUGAUAAAGAUGCUUGUCCGGGGUUGUGUAACGGUAAUGGACGCUGUACGCUGGAGCAGAGCGGUUGGCAUUGUGUGUGCCAGUCAGGAUGGAGCGGGCCAGGCUGUAAUGUCGUCAUGGAAACCGAGUGCAAUGACAGUAAAGAUAACGACAGCGAUGGUCUCAUGGACUGUGUCGACCCAGACUGUUGUAGUCAGCAGAUGUGUGUGAGUGCCCCGCUGUGCCAAGGCUCGCCUGACCCACGUGACAUCAUCCAGCAAAGCCACGCCCCUUUUGAGACACGCCCUUCACGCCAGUUCUUCGACCGUGUGCGAUUCCUCAUUGGACGGGACAGCACACACAUACUGCCAGGAGAUCUGCCAUUUGACAGCAGUCGAGUGUGUGUAAUUCGAGGUCAGGUUUUGGCUUCUGAUGGAACUCCUCUUGUUGGUGUGAACAUCACGUUUCAGCAUAACCCUGAAUAUGGAUACACGCUCAGCCGACAGGACGGCAGCUUUGAUCUUCUGGCAGUGGGCGGAAUCUCUGUGACUCUGUUGUUCCAGCGCGCCCCAUUUUCGUCCCAGAUUCGGUCUGUCUGGCUUCCAUGGAACCAGUUCAUGGUCCUGGACCGUGUUUUUAUGGAAAGAGCUGAGUCCAUACCACCUGUCUGUGACCUGAAAAACCUGAUCAGUCCACAUGCCAUUGUUCUGUCCGCUCCUCUCCCGCGAUUCGCCGCCGACUGUGAGGACAGAGGAACUGUCGUACCUGAACUACAGGUGGUCCAAGAGGAGGUGGUUAUCCCUGCUACUAUUCUGAAGUUAAGCUACCUCUCUUCCAGAGCUCCAGGCUAUCGCUCUCUCCUGAGGGUGGUUCUGACCCAUUCCUCUCUCCCGCCGGGCUUGGCCAAAGUCCAUCUGUCUGUGGCCGUCCAGGGUCGGCAGCUUCUGAAAUCAUUUCCUGCAGCUCCAAACCUCAUAUAUGUUUUCUCCUGGAAUAAAACCGACAUCUAUGGCCAGCAGGUCACAGGGCUGGUGCAGGCACACGUCUCUGUUGGAUACGAGUAUGAAUCCUGUCUGGACGUUGUGCUCUGGGAGAAGAGAGUUGCUCAGCUGCAGGGCUUUGAGCUGACGCCAUCAAACCUGGGCGGAUGGACACUGAACCACCACCACGUCCUCAAUCUGGAGAGUGGUAUCCUUCAUAAAGGUAAUGGAGAGAAUGUCUUUAUUUCCCAGCAGCCUCUGGUCAUCUCCACAGUGAUGGGGACAGGGGCGGUCCGCACAAUCCCGUGUCCAAACUGCAACGGCCCGGCCGUGGAGCAGAAACUGUUUGCUCCCAUCGCUCUGGCCUGCGGUUCGGAUGGAAGUGUGUAUGUAGGUGAUUUCAACUACAUCCGCAGGAUUCUGCCCAACGGAUUCGCCAUCAGCAUCCUGGAGCUCAGAAAUCGUGAUAUUAGACACAGCUCCAGCCCAGCUCAUAAGUACUACUUGUCUGUGGAUCCUGUGCGUGAGUCACUCUACCUGUCGGAUACCAGCAGCGGGAAGCUGUACCGCCUGAAGACUCUGACUGAACCCAAAGAUCUCAGAGGCGAGCAGUGCACACCCUUCCACCCGAACCAGUGCGGCGAUGGAGGCAAGGCCACUGAGGCGGCGCUCAGUAACCCCAGGGGUAUCGCAGUGGACAAGCACGGGUUCAUUUACUUUGUUGACGGAUCAACGAUCCGUAAGAUUGAUGACAAAGGAGUGAUAACAACCAUCAUUGGGUCAAACGGACUCACGUCCUCCCAGCCAAUCAGCUGCGACUCUCGAAUGGACAUCAGCCAGGUGCGUUUAGAGUGGCCCACAGACCUGGCAGUGAGUCCGCUGGAUAACUCUCUCUACGUUCUCGAUAAUAACCUUGUGCUCCAGGUGAGUGAGUCCCAGCAGGUGCGUGUGGUUGCUGGACGACCCAUCCAUUGCCCCAUGGCCAGUAUUGAACCGGUUCUUCUGGGGAAAACAGCGGUGCGUUCUGUGCUGGAGGGAGCGAAAGCUAUCAUUGUCAGCCACCAGGGGGCUCUGUACAUCGCCGAAACCGACGACCGGAAGCACAGCCGCCUGCAAGAGGUGUCCACAAAUGGAGAAAUGGUCAUAAUCGCGGGGGCGACCAGUGAAUGUGAUUGUAAGAUUGACCCCAACUGCGAGUGUUUCUCAGGUGAGAUCCAACGUGCACCAAAACUGCUAAACGCAGUGAUUUUCCUUUGGCGCAUCUCGGCUCUCGCGCAUGACCUCGCGCAGCUCAGUUACUACGGCAACACAGGGCUGCUCGCAACCAUCAGCAAUGAGAACGGCUGGACUACUGUCUACGAGUAUAACUCUGACGGACACCUCAUCAACGUGACCUUGCCAACCGGAGAGGUCAGCAGUUUCCAUGGAAACAUGGAGAAAGCUGUAAGAGUGGAAGCCACUGCCUCGAACAGAGAAAACUUUAUUAUAAUUACAAACCACUCUGCGGAUAACACCAUCUACACACUUCGACAAGCUCACUCUGUUAGUGUGUAUGGCGUUAGAGAUGAUGGUUCUCUGUGGGUGACGUAUGCCAGCGGGAUGGACGUUACUCUCAGUACUGAACCAACCGUGUCAUCCGGGCUGUUGCCGGGAGCAUCGUCAGGCCUCGUCCAUCCCACAGUCGGAAGGUGCAACAUCACGUUGCCGGGGGAACCAGCUCACAGCCUGAUAGAGUGGAGACAGAGACGCGAACAGGCCAAAGGGAAUUACACAGCAUAUGAACGGAGACUGAGGGUAAUACACAGACACACACGCACAAUUCGUCUUAACGGACGCAUCAUCACACGGACCUGGGCCAAUGGAAAGAUCUGGAGCUACACUUUUCUGGAGAAGUCUGUCCAGCUGUUGUUACACAGUCAGCGCCGCUAUACGUUCGAGUACGAUCAGACAGACUGUCUGCUGUCGGUCACCCUCCCCAGCAUGGUGAGACACAGCCUGCAGACCUCUCUAUCUGUGGGCUACUACCGAAACACCUACACCACACCCGACUCCCCCACCUCGAGUUUCACGCAGGACUACGCCCACGAUGGGCGCCUGCUGCAGAGUCUGUACCUAGGCACAGGCAGGCAUGUGAUCUACAAAUACAGCCGAGUGGCCCGGCUGGCUGAGAUCCUCUAUGACUCAACACUUGUUACCUUCACCUACGACGAGGCAACAGGUGCUGUUAAAACCAUCCACCUGAUGCAUGAAGGAUUCGUUUGCACCAUCCGCUACAGACAGACAGGUCCUCUGGUGAGUAGACAGAUAUAUCGUUUCAGUGAAGAAGGACUGGUAAAUGCUCGCUUCGACUACAGCUACAACAACUUCAGGGUCACCAGCAUGCAAGCGAUGAUCAACGAAACCCCACUUCCGAUUGACCUCUACCGCUACGUGGAUGUGUCGGGACGAAUCGAGCAGUUUGGAAAGUUCAGCGUUAUCAACUACGACCUGAACCAGGUCAUCACCACGCAUGCAAUGAAGCACACUAAAAUCUUCAACCCAGACGGGCAAGUGAUCGAGGUUCAGUACGAGAUUCUGAAAGCCAUUGCCUACUGGAUGACGCUGCAGUACGACAGCAUGGGACGCGUCACAAAUUGCGAUAUUCGCAUCGGCGUGGACAACAACAUCACGCGGUAUGCAUACGAGUAUGACGCGGAUGGGCAGUUGCAAACAGUCGCCAUAAACGACCGGCCACAGUGGCGUUACAGCUACGACCUAAACGGAAACAUCAACUUACUGAGUCAUGGUAACAGUGCCCGUUUGACACCGCUACGCUACGAUCUCCGCGACCGGAUCACACGCCUCGGGGAGAUCCAGUACCGCACUGAUGAGGAUGGGUUCUUGCGCCUCCGAGGCAACCUGCUCUUUGAUUAUGGUUCGAAUGGACUUCUUUUGGGUGCCUAUGACCGGGACAGCGGACAGAGGGUGUGGUACCGUUACGAUGGGCUCGGGAGGAGAGUGGCCAGCCGCCACAGUGAUGGAUCACAGCUGCAGUUCUUCUACGCUGAUUUGACGGAACCGACACGGGUGACGCACCUAUACAACCACAGUAGUUCGGAGAUCACCUCCCUCUAUUACGACCUUCAGGGACACCUCAUCGCAAUGGAGAUGAGCAGCGGCGAGGAAUUCUACAUAGCAUGUGAUAAUGCCGGAACGCCUCUUGUGAUUUUCAGUAGCCGUGGCCAUGUGGUGAAGGAAAUUCGGUACACACCCUACGGAGACGUUUACAGAGAUUCCAAUCCCACCUUUCCGUUCGUUUUCGGAUUUCAGGGUGGCCUUUAUGACUCUUUCACACGGUUGGUGCAUCUCGGUCGACGUGACUAUGAUGUGGUAGCUGGAAGAUGGACGACACCCAAUCAUGAAUUGUGGGCGGAGCUGAGUGUAAAUCCCAAACCAUUUAAUUUGUAUGCAUUUAGGAACAACUAUCCUCUGGGAGAGCUACAGGAUGUAACCAAGUUCACAACUGAUAUCAGUAGCUGGCUGAAGCUCUUUGGGUUCCAGCUUCAUAAUGUGGUUCCAGGGUUCCCCAAACCAAAGGUGGAGAACACAGAGCAAACGUAUGAGAUGAUGGCCACACAGAUCCGCACACAAACCUGGGAUACCAGCAAGAUUGUACUCGGCAUCCAGUGUGACCUUCAGAAGCACUUGAAAAACUUCAUUUCAUUGGAUCGCCUCCCCAUGACGCCAGCCAAUGGGAAAAUCGGAGGUCGCCAAGGCCGCAGGCCAAUUUUCUCUGCCCUUUCUUCAAUCUUUGGCAAAGGUGUAAAAUUCGCCAUCCGUGAUGGAGUGGUGGCGACUGAGAUAAUCGGCGUGGCGAGCGAGGACAGCCGUCGUGUGGCGGCCGUACUGAAUGGUGCUAUAUACCUGCGUGGCCUCCAUUUCACCGUGGAGGGGCGUGACACACACUAUUUCACCAAGUCCGGCCCGCUGGAGGCAGAUCUGGGAGUGGCCGGGGGCGGAGCCGGAGGCGGAGUCAGAGUGUUAGAGAACGGCGUAAAUGUCUCUGUGUCCCAGAUAAGUGCUAUGGUAGGAGGGGAAAUGCGGCGAUUCGCUGACAUUGUGCUCCAGCAGGGGGCACUUAGCUUUAACAUUCGUUACGGAGCAACUCCGGAAGAAGAGCGUACGCGCGUUUUAGAGGCGGCACGAAUACGAGCUGUGCAGGGGGCGUGGCUGUGGGAGCAGAAGAGGGUCCUGGAGGGGGAGGGCGGAAGCUUGCCAUGGACUGAGAAAGAAAAGGAUGAGCUGGUUGCAGAGGGCCGUGUCUCAGGGUACGAUGGGUUCUACGCUCUACCUGUUGAACAACACCCUGAGCUAGCAGACAGCCCCUUCAACAUUCACCUGAUCAGACAUGUGGAAACUGGUCGCAGGUAACAGCGGCACCUCAGCACACCUCUACAUGCCUACACUCCCCUUUAUACACUCCAAGCUACCACAUAUCUCUUCAGCUUUUUCUAGAACCCCAACCAAACGAAGCGAGAAAGACUCUAUUGCCUUUCAAAUGUGACAAAUGAUGGUAUUGUUUUUGAUUUUGCAUUCGUUUAUGCACUCUUGGCAAGUUUGGAUUCCUGUUUUUUCGGUUUCGUUAGGUAGAUUUUGUUGAAAGUCUU